AGGUUAAAUAAAGCUAAUUUUUAAGAAAACAUUACCGAACCUAAAUGAUUUAAUUUAAUAAGCUUAAACAAUUAAGAACAGAAACAAGUAGGCAUUAUAAUGAGUGAAGACAAUUUAAUUUACAAUAGCUCAGAGUGGAAAACACUGAGUUUUACUUACGUGGAAUAUCCAAAAGAUGAUGCUUUUGGUAAAUUUAUGGCAAUCUUAGCUUUAGCUCCUUUAUGGAUCGGCUCAGCCUUCUCGGGUGUGAUACUCCGUUGUAGAGACUUACACACAAUCUUUUUCUUUAUCGGGAUACUACUCAAUGAAGUGUUAAAUAUGACACUCAAAUAUAUGAUAAGAGAACCACGUCCGGCUGUAAGAAAUAACUACUAUGUAGAAUUUGGGAUGCCUUCAAGUCAUAGUCAAUUUAUGUUAUUCUUUACAACGUACACAAUUCUUUUUCUUCUCAAAAGAUUACAUCACAACUCACCAUUAGAGAAGAUUGUACGCGGUCUCGUUAUUGCUUUUUGCUGUAUCAUUACAGCUCUUGUGUGUUAUGGACGGGUAUAUCUGCUUUAUCAUACAGUUAGUCAAGUCUUUGUCGGUGCAUGCAUUGGAGCUUCUUUUGGCUUCAUUUGGUUCUUAUUCGUUCAUGUGAUUCUUACACCAUUUGUCUUUCCACGCAUUGUAUCAUGGAAGAUAUCUGAGCUUUUGUUAAUUCGUGACACUAGUUUAAUUCCAAAUAUUCUAUUUUUCGAAUAUACUGCAACAAGACAGGAAUGUCGAGCUCGUUCCAGAAAGAAUAUGAAAAUGCAAUAGAGUUAGUGAUUAUUUUGUAGAUUAUUUGAUCGUCAUUUGGUGAUUCUCACAAAAAUUCCAAUCAUUUAUUCUAUUUCUUCAUAUAACAAAUAUUUUAAGAUCAAAGUUGUUAAACAACUUUAUUUAACUCUUUUUAUACCACUGGUAUUCUUAAUAAAAAACUGAAAACAAUGAUCUAAAAAGCUAACAAAAACAAACAAAAAAAAUGCACAAUAAUGAUAAUAAAGAAAACAAAACUUUUUGAUUGAUA